CCGUGUCAUCAAUCGCCGACUACUUUUGUGCUUUUUAGUCUAGUCUCGAUCGUUUGUGGAGGAGGAAGAUUCCUGCCGCCGUGUCCCAGUGAGAGUGUGCGUUCCGCUUCAGGGGGGAGAGGGUUUUCCACACAAAUCCCAGUGAUUCGUCUUUUAUAAUUUCUCACGCAAGUCGUCGCCGCCGGUGGUGUGUAGUGUCCGCGAUGGGUCUCCUCUACAAGAUCCGGAUCCGGGUGAUCAAUUUCCUUUUGUUUUUCUUCCUGGUCGUGCUGCUGCCGGGAUUGCCUCCGAAAACGACGUUCCCCUUCGAUGGGUUCAGCAUAGCUCCGCUGAAGGAGCUCACCGGUGGGUUGGAACCGAACAACCACCUGGACAAUGCCGAGCGCCUGUUCGAGGACAAGCUGCACGGACCGGAGGCGCUGCUCGUGCGCGGCCAGGACAUGUACACGACGGUGCACGGCGGCGAGGUGGUCCGCAUCAACGGGGCUCACAUCACGCACGUGGCCAAGUUUGGGCGGCCGUGCGAGUCUUUUGCGGAGGAGGAAAUCUGCGGUCGACCGCUCGGGUUGGCGUUCGAUACCCAGGGUAACAAUCUGAUCGUGGCGGAUGCGUACUACGGCAUUUGGGAGGUUAAUCUGGCCAACGGAGACAAGAAGCAGCUGGUGUCGCGCGAUCUUGUGCUAGAUGGUAAGACGGUGAAUCGCAAGCCUAGACUGUUCAACAGUGUGGCGGUCGCCAAGAACGGAGAUAUCUACUGGACGGAGUCGUCGUCGGACUUUGACCUGCAAGAUGGAGUGUUUACCAUUUUUGCCAAUCCUUCUGGAAGGUUGUUUAAGUAUGAUCGUAAGACGAAGAAGAAUACCGUGCUGCUGGAUCAGCUGUACUGUGCCAACGGAGUGGUGCUGAGCCCGAACGAAGACUUUGUGCUGGUUUCCGAGACCAUGUCGUCUACGAUCCGUCGAGUGUACCUCAAGGGUGAGAAGGCUCUGCAGAGUGAUGUCUUUGUUGAGGGACUACCAGGUCUUACCGACAAUCUGAUCGCCGACGAGGAAGGUAUCUGGGCUCCACUGGUGUUGGCCGCCGACGGCGAGAACCCGUCCCUGCCACGACUGUUCUCCAAGGUUCCACUGAUCCGGAAGUUCCUGGCCCGUAUGCUGUCCAUAGCCGAAAUGCCGUUCCGCUUCAUCCAUCAGGUUUUCCCCAAUAUUCACACCACGCGACUUCUGCACGCCAUCGGACACUUUGAGACGAUUACGUUCUUCAACCCGGCUCGCGCUACCGUCGUACGGCUGAGCUGGACCGGACAGAUCCUCGGAUCGCUGCACGGUUUCGACCGGUCGGUCGGAUCGAUCUCGCACGUUGCCGAAGUCGGAGACUAUCUGUAUCUGGGAUCACCGUACAAUCGAUAUCUGGCCAGAGUGAAGCUGCCCAAGGCGCAGGAACCGAAGGUGCGCGUCAAGAGUGUCCGCUUCGAGGCGGAACCCAAGAAGGCUCCGACCACCACCACUACUACAACGACGCCGAAGCCAACAACUACAACAACGACGACGACGACGACGCCAAAGCCAACAACUACCACAACUAAGAAGCCAGUGACCACCACCACUACAACGACGCCAAAGCCAACCACUACAACUCCGAAACCAACAACCACCACUACCACCCCCAAGCCAACGGAGAAGCCUGCUCCGAAGCCAACAACGACGACUACAACUCCUAAACCUACGGAGAAACCUGCCGCCAAGCCUACGACCACCACCCCCAAACCAACGGAGAAACCCACCCCAGCGCCAACUCCGGCCCCCAAGAAGCAGGAGGAGCAACCCAAGGCCAAACCCGCAAAGAAGCCGUCCAAGGAGCCCGUCGUGAAGAAGCCGUCCGAGCCGGCUCCGAUCCACGAGAAGAUCCCGAACGACGUUCCGCAGCCGAAGCAGGAAAAGCUGAAGGUCAUCAAGAAGGGCGGCGACCAGGGUGAACUGUAAGACGACAUUCCAGGGUGUAGUGAAAACGCGCACAACCACGACGCCCCAGUGACGCGCGCGGAGUAAGAUUCUAAAGUGCAGCUUUUUUGCCAACUACAAACUCAUUCCAGUUCCAGAUGCAUCACACACAGUUUAGUUGUUUAGGGGGAAUUUUAACACGUCGAUGAUCACAGCACUAGAGAUUAAGCGAAGAGGGAAGGGGCAAUCUGAUGUUACAUUGAAAAGUGAAAUUAAAACUAGCCAGAUCUAGAGUUUUUCGGCGAAAUUUUGCACGUUAGGAACGAGCUUUUCACAAAAGUUACGAGUUAGGCUAUUUAUUUGAAGAUUUUUUUUUGCUUCACGAGAUAAAAUUACUAGCGGUUCAGGGAUUACGAAAUUUGUUCUCGUUUUGACAUUCACAUCACGUUGUUCUUAUGAUCACUCAUUUUUUGAAGUCAGUAGCAAAAAAUAAGGUAGAUUUUAAGUCGCGUAGUCGCUAACUGAAGGAGAAAUAAACGAACACAAUUGAUUCAAUUGGAGUUGAAGGGUAGAGGAAA